AUGAUCUCCAAAGCCGCAGCGACCGAGCCAAGAAUCGCGAUUGUCGGAGCCGGAGUGGGUGGUCUGGUCACUGCUCUUCAUCUCCACGCACAUGGAUUCACUGCCAUCGACAUCUUCGAAGCCGCUGGACAACUGGUCUCUCUUGGAGUCGGCAUCAAUGUUCAACCGCAUGCGGUCCUUGUCUUGAGAAAUCUCGGUCUGCUGCCCAGGUUGGAGGCUAUCGGCGUCGAGACCCAGGAACUCAACUACUACGACAGACAUGGCAACCCAAUCAUCAGCGAACCCAGGGGCAAAUUUGCAGGGUACAAAGUGCCGCAGUUCUCCAUCCACCGAGGAGAGCUACAACUCAUGCUUCUUGAUGCUGUGAAAGAACGACUUGGAGAUGAUAAAGUCCAUCUCAAUCAUUCCAUAGACAGUUUUGAACAUCAAGAGAACGGGCAGGUGAAGCUCAGCUUCGUUCAGAAACGUUCCGGCGAGAACGCCGCUAUUCCGGAGGUUGUCGUCCGCUUAUGUGUGGCCGCCGACGGCAUCAAUUCGACAGUUCGCCGGAUCCUGUAUCCCAAAGAAGGACCUCCCAAUUUCUCCGGACGCAUGCUGUGGCGAGGCUGUGUUGAACGGAAACCGUAUUUGACUUCAGCCAGCAUGGUAUGGACUGGCCAUGCCAACCAGAAGUUCAUUGCGUAUCCGAUUCGCAACUACGGGGAGGACGCUGGCUCGAAGUCUCUUGUCAACUGGAUAGCCGAGCUGAGAGUUCGAGAUGACGAUGAUCCGGAUACCACUCCUCCCGAGAAAACGGACUGGCUGAACGACGUUCCGAAAGAGAGAUUUGCAGGCCAGUUCGAGAAGUGGACCUUCGGCUUUCUCGACAUUCCGCAGCUCAUCGCUGAGACCGAAAAGGUGUUUGAGUAUCCGAUGUGUGAUAGGGAUCCAGCUCCGCGGUGGAGUUUUGGGGGCCUGACGCUUCUGGGUGACUCUGCCCAUCCCAUGUACCCGAUCGGCAGCAAUGGUGCAUCGCAAGCCAUCCUGGAUGCCGCGUGCCUAACGCAAUGUCUCCUGAAAUGGCAAUCGGGAGAGAUCGCGAGUAUUCCUGCCGCAUUGCAAGCUUACCAAGACGAGAGGCUACCAGUUACAGCCAAAAUUGUCAUGGCGAACAGAGGGAACGGACCCGACCAUGUGCUGCAGAUAGCACAUGAAAGAGCCCCUGAAGGCUUUAAACAUGUUAACGACAUCAUUCCUCAGAAGGAACUCGAGGACAUCGGGCUGGCGUACAAGGCGAUUGCUGGGUUCGAAGUCGACAAGGUCAAUGCUCUUGCCUCGCAGUCAGAGGGAACGGCGGAGAGAUUGGGCUUGAACAAUUCGCCUAAUACGAAGAAUGUAUCCUUGUGA